GAUUUUAGUCGCAACUGAGGAUAACAUAACAUGAAUGCCUUACGCGGCAAACGGCUACUCUAAGCCUGGAGAAGGAGCCAUGCCCAUCAUUCUCUCAACUCCCCUUCUCUCCGAAACCUGGUUUAUCUCACAUUUCGGGGUAAGAAACUUUUCCACUCAAAGGAAAAAAAAUGCAAUUUUCUGCUCAAGUCAUGGUUUAAACGAUAAUAGUGUUCGUCGGAAGGAAAACUCUAGUCGUAGGUUUCUUCUUUUUGUUUUAGUCUCAUCAGGCUUGUCUCCGACCUUGACUUCUUCCGGAAAGACCAAGAGUAAGAACCCAUAUGACGAAAAACGCUUGCUAGAACAGAAUAGACGGAGACAAAAAGAGAACAAUGCUCCCGAAGACUUCCCGAAUUUCAUUAGAGAAGGCUUUGAGGUUAAGGUUGUAACUUCGGAGGAUUACAAAAAGAGUGAUUCGGGGCUUAAAUACCGGGAUUACGAAGUUGGUAAAGGUGAUUGCCCAAAGGCUGGGCAACAGGUCACCUUUCACUAUAUUGGUUAUAAUGAGUCUGGCCGGCGCAUUGAUAGCACCUAUAUACAGGGUGCUCCUGCCAGAAUCCGCGUGGGAACUAAUGCAGUGGUUCCAGGAUUUGAGGAAGGAAUUCGGGACAUGAGGCCAGGGGGAAAGAGAAGGAUAAUCAUUCCUCCAGAGCUUGGACCACCGGUGGGGCCUUCAACAUUUUUCAGCUCGAAACAAUUUGAAGUUUUUGAUAUAGAAUUACUGGGCAUACAAAACUGUCAAAGGAGAACCAUAGCCUUUUAUUCUGAUGUUGUAUGCAGUUGAACGAUUGGGAACAUGUAAGUCCUAAAAGGAAGCCCCACUUGAAAAGUUUAUCAUGUAAUAUAUCAUUUUUCUUCCUUCACAAUAAUCAUAUCCUUAUAUUUUUUAUGAUUGAA